AUGGCGGAUUUGGGAGCCCAGCAAGGACGAGGUUACCGGCCUGGAGCCUCUCGUGGCCCUGCUUCUUCAUCCUUCCAGCGAGAUGCUGCCUUUUCCGAAAUUUUCGGUGGAACGCCGCCUCCAGGCAGGUCCCAGACGAUGACAUCGCACACUCCACAGUUUAACCAGGAACGCGCCCGUACAAUGACUUCUCACCCGUCAGACCAAUACGCCCAGUCUCGGGGACAGCCUCCCCCUAUGCGACAGUCUCAUGGGGGAUACUCGCCAAACUCGCAGGCGGGCUAUCAGAACUCCCAAUGGCAACCACCUAACGGCUCGGGUCCUCCCCCACAACAACGCGCACCGCCACCUCCACAUCAUCAACAACGUCCCAUGCACCCCCAGAACCCCCAGCAAUAUCCUCCCAGUAUGCAGCAACGGCCUUACCCCGGUCGACCUCAGUACCCUCACCCUCAACGACUGGACUCUCGCCCCGGACCCAUGCCUCCCCAAUUCCAACAGCAAAACCCGCACGGACGGCCUUUACCCCCUCCAGCUCUCAACUCAGAUCAGUAUCGAUCUCGCUCAAUGGCUAGACUAGGAGGACCCCCAUCAUACCAAUCACCGCAGUCACAGUUCCCACCCACUCCUGUCAAUGCUUUCCGCCAGCCAUCAUACCAUUCCGUGGGUUCUAGGACAGCGCAGGGUCGUAUAGUUCCAGAAAGACACGACAACGAACGAGCCAUGUCGAUGAGUUCUUACUCGGCAGACCGUGACCACGCCCAAACCAUCAGUUCUGGAAGAGUCGUGCCAAACAGAAGACGAGAGUCGAAUCUAGACCGGGAACGGGCUGGAGGUAUGGAUCGUCAUUAUUCAGAGUCACCAGUAUCAAUACAGCCUGCCAUAGAUGAGCCUGUGACUCCCGCGCACUCUGGACAUCAUGUGCUACCCCCACAGCAAGAUCUCCAAUUGCGAGUGCGACAUCCUAGUGAGAGCUCUGUUAAUUCACGUACUUUGUCCAUGGCAUCAACCAUCGCCCCCGAACGCAACAAUAGCUUGCAAAAACAACCUGUCGCUGCCAAAUCUCCUAAUCACUCGAUGGCUGGAGCACCUCCGCCAAAUAAUGUGCACCGCAGAACACCGCUCGCUUAUCCAGCUCUCUUAUCCCGAGUAGCUGGCGUCUUUAGAGAGCGGAUUGCGGUUGGUGAACGUAUCAAGAAUGAUCUAGCUUACACCAACGCGUUUACAGGUGCGGAGGCAGUCGAUCUAAUUUCUUACAUUAUCAAGACAACAGACCGCAACCUGGCUCUUCUUCUUGGUCGAGCUUUAGAUGCUCAAAAACUAUUCCACGAUGUCACGUAUGACCAUCGAUUACGAGAUGCCCCAGGUGAACUCUACCAGUUUAGGGAAACCCUAGGUGAAGAGUCACCCGUCAACGAUGUCAACGGUGUAUUUACGCUCUUGACAGAGUGUUACUCUCCCACUUGUACUAGAGACCAACUCUGUUACUCGAUUGCCUGUCCACGACGCCUGGAGCAACAAGCACGACUGAACCUGAAACCUCAGCCGGGACUGAGACCAUCAGCCUCCAAGGGCAGUCUUCAUGACCAGGAGGAUAACGAUGAUCAAAAGCUCUGGAUCAACAUGGUUCCCAAGGAAGUAGCUGACAGUCUUGACGACCGUGAGAAGAAGCGACAGGAAAUCAUUUUUGAGAUGAUGUAUACUGAGCGUGACUUUGUCAAGGACUUGGAAUACUUGAGAGACUUCUGGAUGCGUCCACUACGAUCUCCCAACAACCCCAGCCUUUCCCCGAUCCCUGAGCAUCGCCGAGAGAAGUUCAUCCGAACUGUGUUUGGUAACUGCCUGGAAGUUUUGGGUGUCAACUCCAAACUAAGUGAAGCUCUCAACGCCCGACAAAAGGAGACCCCCGUUGUGAAAACCAUCGGUGAUAUCUUCCUUCAGUUUGUCCCGCGAUUCGACCCCUUCAUCAGAUAUGGUGCGAACCAGCUUCAUGGAAAGUAUGAGUUCGAAAAGGAAAGAUCCUCAAACCCUGCAUUUGCCAAAUUCGUUGAAGAGACGGAGCGCCUGAAGGAGUCUCGAAAGCUCGAGUUGAACGGUUACCUUACCAAACCUACUACUCGAUUGGCGAGAUAUCCACUUCUUCUGGAAGGUGUGGCUAAAUACACUGCUGACGACAGUCCCGAUAAGGAGGAUAUUCCCAAGGCGAUUGUUCUUAUCCGAGACUUCCUUUCUCGAGUGAACACCGAGAGUGGAAAGGCAGAGAAUCAUUUCAACCUCGUGCAACUGAACUCUGCUUUGAAGUUCACUCCAGGCGAUUACGUUGAUCUGAAGCUCACUGAGGAGAACCGAGUGAUGUUGAUCAAAAUGGCGUUCAAGAAGGGUCCGACCGAUUCGGCAGAAGUUACCGCCUACCUGUUUGAUCACUCCGUCCUACUUGUUCGAAUUAAGCCCGUGAAUAAACGAGAAGAGUACAGGGUUUACCGGAAACCUAUUCCGCUUGAGCUUCUUGUCAUUACUCAAAUGGAGGAAGUGUUACCUAAGCUGGGCAUUCACAAACGCCCUACUGCUGGCGGUCUAAUUCCGGGAGCAAGAGCUGCUAGCACCCCAGCAGCUUCGUCCAAGGAUGGGCUACCCGUUACCUUCCGUCACUUGGGUAAAGGGGGCUACGAGAUAACUCUACACGCAACCUCCCAGACCCAGCGAAAACGCUUCAUCGAACUAGUUGAAGAGCAGCAGAGAAAGCUGCGGGAGCGAAAUAGUAACUUCUACUCCAAGACCAUCCUUUGCGAGAACUUCUUCAGCGCAGUCAAUAGGAUCAACUGUUUGGUUCCAAUUGACGGUGGUCGCAAGCUUGUAUACGGAACUGAUAAUGGUAUCUACGUGUCUGAACGUUGGCCAAAGGACAAAUCAGCAACUCCAAAGCGUGUUCUCGAAGCCAAUGCGGUUACCCAAAUUGAUACACUGGAAGAAUACCAGCUCUUGCUUGUACUUGCCAACAAGACUCUUAGCUCAUACCCUCUUGAGGCUCUGGAUACAAGCGAUAACCAGAGCGCCAUGGUCCGACGGCCCAAGAAGAUUCAGGGACAUGCUAACUUCUUUAAAUCUGGUAUUGGUCUUGGAAGGCACCUGGUGUGCUCCGUAAAGACCUCCACUCUAUCAACAACCAUUAAAGUUUUCGAGCCCAUGGAAAACCUGGCUAAGGGCAAGAAGAAACCACUCAGCAAGAUGUUCCAGACCGGCCAAGAUGCUUUGAAGCCUUUCAAGGAAUUCUACAUUCCGGCUGAAUCAUCUUCUGUUCACUUCCUACGUUCAACUCUUUGUGUGGGUUGUUCUCGUGGCUUCGAAGUUGUCAGUCUAGAAACCACCGAGAGACAAUCCCUGCUUGACCAAGCAGACACAUCACUAGAUUUCGUUGCAAGGAAGGAAAACGUGAAGCCCAUCCACAUCGAACGACUUAACGGAGAAUUCUUACUCAAUUACUCAGACUUCUCCUUCUUCGUUAAUCGUAAUGGAUGGCGAGCGCGCCCAGAUUGGCGAAUUGCUUGGGAAGGCAACCCUACCGCCUUUGCCCUCUCUUAUCCAUACAUCCUAGCAUUCGAACCCAGUUUCAUUGAAAUCCGACAUCUCGAAACCAGUGAACUGGUACACGUUAUGACUGGGCGAAACAUUCGUAUGCUCCAUUCUUCCACUCGAGAGAUAAUCUAUGCCUAUGAAGAUGAAAACGGAGAAGAUGUCGUCACCAGUCUUGAUUUCUGGAACAAACCAGCAUAA